AUGGCAAAUAAAGCCUCUAAAUCCCUGGCGCGCACCAACACGCUCACCCUGCGUCGAACACACAUGAUCACGGCAGCGCUGCACGCGGUCUUCAUCAUCUACCGGCUCAUCUACCUGCGCGGCUCGCUCACCAAAUACCUCCUCCUCUCGGCGCCGUCGUUGCUCACGGAGUACUACCUCGACAAGCUUGGACGGCCGCGCUUCGCCGCCAACGGCGAGCUGUUUAACCCCGGCGAGGACAUGGCCGCCAAGGGCGUGACCGAGUACCUGUGGGAUAUCGUGCACGUCACGUGGAUUUGCCUGGGAUUGGUCGGUGUCCUCGGAGAGUGGGCGUGGUGGGUCGGACUGGUCGUGCCCGCGUAUGCCGGUUAUCUCGCCUGGGGCUUGUAUAAAGGCUUUGCGGGAGGGUCUGUGCCGGGGAUGCCGCAGAUGUCGCAGCCGCAGGAGGAGCAACAGGCGGGCGCAAGUAAGCGGCAGGCGAAGAUGGAGGCGCGCGGAGGGCAGAAGGUUAGGUAUCGCUAG